UCCCGAGCCGUAAUUCUUCUUCUUCUUCUUCUUCUUCUUCUUCUUCCUGCUUAGACUAGUAACCAGGUGCAGAGAAACAGAGUCUGGGGAAGAGAGAACAAAUUUUGGUGGACAAACCUCUUCACCAUGAUCUCCUUGACCACAACCAGUUUCCUGAUGGGUGUUUCUACACCUUGCUCCACUCCCUCCGCCACCGGAAGACGGCGGCCGGUGGCUCUGAAAGUGGUGUCGAUGGACUCGCAUGUUCGAGCCGGCGAGCGAAGUGGCAGUGUUGUGGUGGACAACAACAGUGUGAAAGAAAUUCCCAAUGCUCCGUCGCCGGUGUUUCAAGUGGAACCCAAAUCCACCCCUGCCGCCUCCGCCUCCACGGAAGAACAAAUCAUGACACCAUGGACCGUCUCUGUUGCCAGUGGGUAUAAUUUAUUGCGAAAUCCACGCCAUAACAAAGAGCUUGCGUUUACUGAGAAAGAAAGAGACGCCCAUUACUUGCGCGGGCUUCUACCCCCCACAGUUCUUGCUCAAAAUGUGCAGGUGAAGAAGAUGUUGCACAAUAUCCGUCGAUAUCAAGUACCAUUGCUCAAGUACAUGGCAAUGAUGGAUCUUCAGGAGAGGAAUGAAAAGAUGUUUUACAAGCUGCUUAUAGAUCAUGUAGAAGAAUUACUCCCAGUUGUGUAUACACCAACCGUGGGUGAAGCUUGCCAGAAAUAUGGAAGCAUCUUCAGGCAUCCACAGGGCCUCUAUAUCAGUUUGAGAGAAAAGGGGAAGAUCCUUGAGGUCUUGAGGAAUUGGCCUGAGAGGAACAUUCAAGUCAUUGUAGUUACAGAUGGGGAGAGAAUUUUGGGGCUAGGGGAUCUUGGAUGUCAGGGGAUGGGCAUACCCGUUGGGAAACUCUCUUUAUAUACUGCACUUGGAGGUGUUCAUCCUUCGGUGUGCUUGCCAGUGACCAUUGAUGUUGGGACAAACAAUGAGGAGUUGUUGAAUGACGAGUUUUACAUCGGGCUCAGGCAAAAGAGAGCUACGGGGCAGGAAUAUGCUGAACUUAUCGAUGAAUUCAUGACUGCAGUCAAGCAGCAUUAUGGGGAGAAGCUCCUAAUUCAGUUCGAAGACUUUGCAAACCAUAACGCAUUCGAUUUGCUUGCAAAAUAUGGCGCAACUCAUCUGGUCUUUAAUGAUGACAUUCAGGGGACAGCGUCCGUGGUACUUGCUGGGCUCAUUACAGCUCUAAAGUUCGUUGGCGGCUCCUUAGCUGACCAUAGAUUUUUAUUCCUUGGUGCUGGAGAAGCUGGUACUGGAAUUGCAGAGCUCAUUGCCCUUGAGAUAUCAAAACAGACCAAUGCUCCGUUGGAAGAGACGCGCAAAAAAGUCUGGCUCGUGGAUUCGAAGGGACUGAUUGUAAGUUCUAGGAAGGAUACUCUCCAACAUUUCAAGAAACCUUGGGCUCAUGAACACAAACCUAUCAAGGAACUCAUUGAUGCCGUUAAGGAAAUCAAACCGACCGUCUUGAUUGGAACAUCGGGCGUUGGAAGAGCAUUCACUAAAGAAGUUGUGGAGACUAUGACCUCAAUCAACGAGAAACCUAUCAUUUUCUCACUUUCCAACCCUACUUCCCAAUCUGAAUGUACUGCUGAAGAAGCUUAUAAAUGGAGUCAGGGUAGUGCCAUUUUCGCAAGUGGGAGCCCAUUUGAUCCAGUUAAUUACAAGGGGAAAGUGUUUGUACCUGGCCAGUCAAACAAUGCAUAUAUCUUUCCUGGAUUCGGUUUGGGGUUAAUUAUGUCGGGCACAAUCCGCGUUCACGAUGACUUGCUUCUAGCAGCCUCCGAAGCUUUGGCUUCACAAGUGACCCAAGACGACUUCGACAGAGGACUCAUCUUUCCUCCAUUUGCCAAAAUCAGGAAGAUUUCAGCACAUAUUGCUGCCAGUGUGGCUGCAAAAGCUUAUGAACUUGGUUUGGCCACUCGCCUCCCUCAACCUAGAGAUCUGGUGAAAUAUGCUGAGGGCUGUAUGUAUAGUCCUAGCUAUCAAAAUUACCGGUAGAUUAGCGUCGUUAGUCCGCUGUAUCUAUGUCGUAUCGUUCGUUUAUUCUCUGAUAGUGUUUCUUCUAUUUUCAGUACUUUCUUUUGUUGUGUAAGCCGUCUGUAGUUUGUAUUAGUUGUGGAAAAAAAAAUGGGAAAGGGAAGUAAGAAGUGUUGCAAGAUUUUCAUGAAAUUGAAUGGAAACUUGUGCUCAAAAUUUGAGGUGAA